ACGAGAAUAAUGAGGAAAAAUAAGGUAUACGCCGAAAGGUACGAUCUUCUUAAACGAUCGUUGAACGUUUGCUCACAUGCGACCAUUUUGAGGCGGUUGUAGCAGACGAAGUAGACAGGGGAGUCUCGUAUUUCAACGGAGUAUUUCAUUUGAGUUUGGAAUUGAUUGCUCGGCGGGUUGAAGAAAGUUGGUGGGUUGGGGUGCUGAGAGAGAGAGAGAGAGAGAGAGAGAGAGAGAGAGAGAGGAAAGUAGGGAGGGAGAGAGAGGGAGAGAGGGAGAGAAUAUAGAAGAGGGUGCGCGGGUUGGUUCGUUGGAAGGGAGCCUCCAAGCUGAAGAGGAGGAUACGAAGGGGGAAGUGGCACAGGGUCAGAAGGAGAGGGAGAGUGAAUAUAUAUUCGGUGAGAACAGAACGGCCGAACGACGAGAGACGGAAUGGAACGAAACGAACGUAUAUUUCCAGAACAAAUAUUUACGCGAAAGAGGCUUAAUACGCGGCUACAAUGUCGGAAGAGGGCUACUACUGCAUUCGCAGAAAGCAAGCACAUAAGCAGUUUCAGUACGGGCCAACUAGUUGCUGUAUCUACAACUCGAAAGCUCAUUUCGAAUGGGAGAGAGAGUUCGAAAGUUUUAAUUUCUUCGGUUUACGGUAGGUUUUAUGAGGCAUCGAAAUGCAGCCGCUAUACCUGCCGGAACGAGCACUUCUACGAGUAUACAAGAGGGUUGAGACGAGAGAGACAGCCAUCACACAUGCAUCUGUUCUUCACGUUCGCUAUGGACCACGGCUCAGCCAGUCGAGAUACACGACCAAAGGGGUGUUAUGUGGUCGCGGCGCACAGGUGUAACGGCCUCGUAAAUCAAGCCGAUGCUAAAUUCCGGCCAUUUCGAAGCAGUAAAAUGACAGGCCGCAAUAAUAGAGAAAGCCGCGGACACUCUUAUUGGACUGGGAGCAAUAAAAAUCUGAAAUGAUCACUCUAAACGUACGAGUAUUUUCAUUUGAUACGAUGGAAAGGAGUAACCUGAAGAAAGAGAAAAAUAAAAAACAACAACAAAAAAAGAAGAGGAAAAAAAAUAACCUGUAGCCGGGAAAAAAAACGAUGACGACGUUAAGUAAACACGAAUGUGGUUCUUGUCCGCUUCCUAUGUUUUAUGUAUACGCUAUGUAUGUAUAUACGUACGUACGUAUGCAUGUGUUAUGUAUAUAUGUAUUUAUGUAUGUAUCGAGUGCGUCGUAGAAAGUAACAUUAUAUACUCAGCGACGAUUCGACGAGAGGAAAUACCAGAACGAGAUGCUAAAAUGUAUUCAUGGAAAAUGUAUAGGGAUUAAUAAUCGUAAAAGUCUAUAUCCUUGAAGAGCGAUAAAACCGUAGGCAAUAUUCUUUCGUAGUUUCCAUACCCCUCGAGCUUUGCACUUUUUGCCCCCUUUCGCAUCAUCGAACUACCACUCAACCUCCCCAACCUCUAGAUUUUCUCUCUCUUUCUAUUUCACUCUGUCUAUUUACCUAUCUAUCUAUCUAUCUACCCAUCUAUCUAUUAAUCUCUUUUCUAUUUUUACCAAUCAAAUCUCAUCUCGCACGUUUCAAAUCAUUUUUUGAUAUAUCAUCCAUUUUUUUCUUUUUCUUCUUUCCUUCUUUCUUUCCUUCCUUCCUUUUUUCUUUCUUUUUUUCCUUUUUUAUUUUGUUAUCUUUCAAAGUAAAGCCUUUGAGAAUAGAUCCGUAUUCGUGUAUUCAUCGAUUAUUAUUAUGAUUUUAUUUAUUUGAAUAUUUCAUUUCCUUCUUAUUGAAUUGAAUAAUCGAUGAUACAGGUAAGUACCAACAUACUAUAUUUGUAUUUUUGAAUCGUACGAACCGGAUAGAAUUAAAAGUAGUGAAAAGAGAUAAGAGUGAGUUGAGUGGGUUGGGGGGGGGAGAGGAUGGAUGGGUGGAUGGAUGGAUGGAUGGGAAGGGAGGAAAAUGAGGGAAGAGGUAAAAGACAAAGGCAAAGUUUUAUAAGAAGAGGGGAGUGGGGUUGGGGGAGGUCGAAUAAGAGUAGGGAGAACGAACAAAGUAUUAAUUAGAGUUUUCCUUUGAAAAAACUUGAUGGAUACAAAACGUAAU